AUGCAUGGUCUUGAUCAUGAAGAAGAUAUUCGCUUGUGGAAGGGAAAGGUCGAGGUUUAUCAACCGGUUUUCAGUACUAAGCACACUUGGCACCUAGUUCGAACGGUAGCAAUUAAGAAACAAUGGUAUGGAGUAGUCUCGUUCCCCCUGGCGACACCAAAAUACUCCAUACACACCUGGCUCGCUGUGCAAGAUCGUCUUGCUACUUGCGAUAGAUUGGUUAAGUGGUACGCUCAGGUUGAAACAGCUUGCUUGCUAUGUAAUCACACUAUGGAGACUCGGAAUCACUUAUUUUUCGAGUGUUCUUAUUAUGAGGAGAUUUGGAGAGGUUUAGCAGGAAGGAUUAUGGGAGCCAGAUACACCAAUAAUUGGGACAGUCUGGUUCUCCUUUUAGCUGCUGGAGAUUGGGAUUGGGAUAAGAUUACUUGCUUCAUACUUCGGUAUCUGUUGUAG